AUAUGAGACGUUGUGAUGUUAAAGUGAUGUUUGAUCUUUAGGAGACAUCGACAGCGAUGGAGCUUCUUCCUCUUCUGUGUCUCUGCCUCCUGACUCGCUCUGGAAUCACGUCUGCUCAACUAAACAGACCAACAGUCAUCACAGUUGAAGGAGGGACUGAUGUCAUGUUACCCUGCUCUCUCAGCACCAAGGAGAACAUUACUUCAAAACUCUUUGACUGGAAGAAAGUUGCUCAGAAAGAUGAUGGUCUGAAGGAGGUGUUCCUGUAUGAUGGAGGCAGUCAUUACAACAACGGUCUAGAUGGUCAGAGUGAAGAGUUCAAAGGUCGAGUCUCUCAUUUUCCAGAUGAACUGAAAGACGGCAACGCCUCCAUAAUCAUCAGAAAUACAACGCUGGUUGACAGUGGAGACUACACCUGUUAUUUUCCAAAUCUUCAGCCACCUCAAACAUUCUACAUUGAUCUUGUUGUUGGUGAAGGAACUGAAGGAGGUGAGUCCUGAUUUUGAUGCCGUCACUGAUCUCUACAUCAACAAGUAUGUGAUGUAACUCUUUACUGAUCAUUUUUCAGGUUACUUUAUU